AUGGCCGCCCCGGUGGCCCGCCUCUGCCACAUCUCCUUGCACGUGCCCCGCGGGCAGCCCCUGGCCCGGGACCUGCAGCGCUGCUUCGGCUUCCGGCCGCUGGCCAUGCGGGAGGCGGGCGGCUGGCUGCAGCUGGCCCUGCACUGCGGGGAGGCCGUGUUCCUGGUGAAUGAGCGCGCCCGGGGCCCGGGGUCUGGCUCUGAGGGGCUCCUCUACGACGUGGACCCCACGCACCCCGUGCCCACCGCCUCCAACGUGUGCUUCGAGGUGGCCGACGUGCGGAGCGCCGUCGGGGCGAUGCAGGCCCUCGGCUGCCCAGUGGCUGUGGCGCCCAGGGCUGUGGCCGACACCCAGGGCACCGUCACCUAUGCGGUGGUGCGCUCCCCGGCCGGCAACCUGAGCCACACGCUGCUGGAGCGGGGCACCUAUGGGGGUCCCUUCCUGCCAGGCUUCCGGGCCUGUGGCCCCCCAGAGGCCCCCGACCCCCGCAGCCUCGAAGGCUGCUUCAGCCAUGUGGAUCAUGUGGCUCUGGCCUGCCCGCAGGGCAGCUCCCAGACCUGGCUGCGCUGGUACCAGGAGUGCCUGGGCUUCCGCUGUUUCUCCCUGGGCUCUGACGACCAGCCUCCGGAGCGGGGCUUGCAGAUCCGGGCCGGCAGAGCAGGGGGUCUGCAGCUGACUGCCCUGCAGGCACCCCCAGGCAGCAAAGCCCCCAUGCUGGUGCUGGGCGAGUCCCUGCCGGGCCUGGGGGAGACCCAGGACCAGAUCGAGCUGUUCCUGGCCCAGCACAGGUGCCCAGGGCUGCAGCAUGUGGCACUACACACAGCGGACAUCGCCACAGCCACCCGUCUGGUGGCUGAGGCCGGUGGCCGCCUGGUGGCCCCUCCUGCCUCCUACUACCAACGGAGGGACAAAGUGGCCCAGAUCCUGGCCGCUGGUGGAGAGCCGGAGAGGCUGGCCGAACUGGGCAUCCUGCUGGACCGGGACCAGAAGCAAGGCCCGGGCACCAAUUUCCUGCUGCAGGUCUUCACCAAGCCUCUCUUCUCGGAGGAGACCUUCUUCUUAGAGCUCAUCCAGAGACAGGGUUCCUCCACCGGCUUUGGCCAAGGCAACAUCCAGGCUCUGUGGGAGGCCCUGGAGGAGUACCUGACCUCCAGCCAGGGGGCUGGGAAGCCCCGCUGA